CAGACUCUCCAACAGUCAACUCAGACUCUCCGUUUGUUUCGUGUCGGAUCUGAACUCAGAGGAAAUAAUGGCAGAAGUUGCUCCAGCUCCCGCCGCCGCCGCUCCGGCUAAAGUUGUGAAGAAGAAGGUUUCCAAGCCGAAGAAGACUGGCCCCAGCGUCAGCGAGCUGAUCGUGAAAACUGUGGCCGCAUCCAAGGAGCGGAGCGGCGUGUCUGCAGCCGCCCUGAAGAAGGCUCUGGCUGCCGGAGGCUACGAUGUGGAGAAGAACAAGGCCCGCGUCAAGACCGCCAUCAAGAGCCUGGUGGCCAAGGGGACUCUGGUCCAGACCAAGGGGACCGGUGCCUCCGGCUCGUUCAAGAUGAGCAAGAAGGUUGAGACCAAGGCCAAGAAGCCCGCAAAGAAAGCCGCUCCUAAAGCCAAGAAGUCCGCCAAGAGCCCCAAGAAACCUGCAGCUAAGAAGCCCAAGACAGCGGCAGCCAAGAAGACAGCAGCCGCUAAGAAAUCCCCCAAGAAGGUCAAGAAGCCCGCAGCGGCCAAGAAAGCAGCCAAGAGCCCCAAGAAGGCCGCCAAGAGCCCCAAGAAAGUGGUGAAAAAGGCUCCUGCAGCCAAGAAAGCUCCUGCUAAGAAGGUGGCCAAGCCCAAAGCCAAGAAGGCAGCACCCAAGAAGAAGUGAGCUGUCAUCAGUCUGAACAUGUGAACCUGAUCAAAGGCUCUUUUAAGAGCCACACAUCUCAUCUAAAGAGCAGCAUCCUAAUCAGAACAUAUUUUAUAAACUACAUUACUUGAUAAAAUUAAUUUGUUAAAUUAAUAUGGGUUAAAAUGGUGAGUGACUGCAGUUAUUAAGAUUUUAUCAACUCAUAGUCAUAAUCUGUUAAUUUAAUUCAGUGACAAAUAGUUUACUCUUCAUUUACUUAUAUAAAUGUCAGUCUUUAAAUCCAGUCUAAAGUGUCAACAUGUUCUGCACUGAGGAGCAUCAGAAACAAAAUAACUCAGGGUGACAUUGAACUGUAUGUAUAUUGUGAAAAUAAAUGUAUUGUGACAAUGAAAGUAUGAUUAAUAUGUUGGAUGAAGAUAACACCGUAACAACUGAAAUGGAGACAAAUCAAAAUGAUUUCCUCUUGAUGUGUUUUACAACUAUAUUUAAUUUUAUUAUGACUGCACAACUAUCCUCCUUUCUGAACCAUUGUUUGACCUAAACUAGCUUUUGCCAGUUUUUAAUCAGAAUUACUAUUUCAGAGUUGAGUGUCUCUUAAAGAGGCUAAGAGACUUUUUUGGAGCUGGUCAGCAAAUCUCCAGGUUAUUAAUUAUGAUUAAUGAUAAUUAGUAUAAGAACUACUUUACAGUGAUGUGUAUACAUUUCACAUAGGUUAGUAUAUAGACUAA